GAACGCCAGCACCGGGGGGGACAUGAGGAGGGAGGGGGCCAGCGGGCGCCACGUGCCCCACAGUGAGAAGCUGAAGCUGAUCGGCCCCGUCAUCAUGGGCAUCGGGCUCUUCAUCUUCAUCUGCGCCAACACCAUGCUGUACGAGAACAGGGACAUGGAGACCCGCAGGCUGAUGCAGAAGGGUCUCUACUCCAUGGCAGCAGCUCUCCCGGAGGGGACCGGCCCCGUGGAUGGUGCCUGCCCUGGCACGGAGCCGGUGGCGGCGGAGCUCAGCCUGGAUGUGCAGCUCCACACCUCGGGACACUCCAAGUCCCUGGACCUCGGCCGGCCGGGGGUGCUGCUGGUGGCCCCCAUCAAGGACCGGAAGAACCGGAGCUGGCCCCGGCUGGACCACGUCAGCCUGGUGGGUUACGCCAAACUGGAAAGCAUGGGAGAGUCCUCGGACCGGGCGAGCCCCGGCCCAGCUCCUGGGCGAGUGGGGAUGCCAAAGGUGCCCGGGGAGCUGCUGGCAACUGCCAAAUUCGGAGUCGCGGGGGUGUGGUGGUUCCCAAAGCCCGUCUGA